UCCGCCUCCGCCUCCGUCGCCGGCUGGCCGGUGACCCCCGCGUCGCCGGGGAAGGGGAUGAUUUGGCGGAACGUGCUCGUCGUGCUCUUUCAUCUGCGAAUGAAGGACACUAGGACAACGCUGGCGGAAAGCAAAAGCAUCUCCCAGAUUGCUCGCAUGUUUCUGAAGUUUCAAAAGGAUCAAACUAUUAUGAUGAGAAAAUUGGAGGGCAAAUUGGAGAAGAUAGAUGGCAGAUUGGAAAACUUAGAGGAGAAGAUGGAGGGAGUCAUCCUUGAAGUGAAGAAAUCGGCUCGUCUGCUCUCCAAUCGGCAUCCUGAACAACAGCCGAGACAGGAGCCGUGUCGGGAGAGUGGCACUGCGAGUGGAUCGAACGCCAGAAACACUCACCUGCGUUUCCUGAAUGGCCUGAACCUGAAGACUCCAAUUUACACAGAGAAGAAAAUCACAUCCGAGAGCAAUUCAGCUAUCAGGAUUGGCAUCUUUGAUGCUGAUAACAAAAUGAUCAGGGAAGGCCCGCUCUCAAAGGUAAAAGUCGAGAUGCUGGUCCUCCGUGGUGACUUCUGCAGCGACGGUCGUGAGAGCUGGACCGAAGAGGAGUUCAACAGCCACGUGGUGCAAGGCCGGCACGGACAAGGGUUUGUGUUGGGGGGUGAUUGCAGUGUGUGGUUGAACAAUGGGGAGGCCUCCUUCGGCGGCACUGUCCGUUUCAAAGAAGGUUCAUCUAGAACUCGUAGUAGGAAAUUCAUUGUUGCAGCAAGAGUAUGCAUUGAUGGAAAGGCCGCUGAUCGAGUUCGUGAAGCUGUCAUGAAGCCGGUGACCGUGCUGGAUCGCAGGAAUGAAGCAAAUGAGAAGAGGCACCCUCCAGAACUGGACGAUGAAGUGUACCGUCUGGAAGAAAUCUCCAAAGAUGGAACUUACCGCAAGAGGCUGAAUGAUGCUCAAAUCUACACAGUGCGGGACUUCUUGAAGGCUUUGAAUAAAGAUGCAAACAAGCUCCGUGGAGAAAUACUCCGGAUCAAGAGGCACAGUAGCUCUUGGGAGAAAAUGGUUAAGCAUGCCAGGGAGUGCUGUCUCACGGACAUGCAUGAUCUCAAAGCAUAUCAGAAUGUAGAGGGAAACGUGGUGAUCUUCCUCAACUGUGUGCAUGAUCUCGUUGGAGCAAAAUUUGAUGGUGUCUACACUGCACAGGAGAAUUUUGAUCCGGCUAAGAAGGCUCUAGCGUAUGAGUUAAAGGAGUGCGCGCGCGAUCAAUUGGACAGCCUUCCGUUUAACUAUGUGAUGAAUGGCCACCUUCCUGAGCAAGUUCCCUCUAGCACACGCUCUUCUUUGGGUGCAGCCAUUCUUGCGCCGGAUGAGGCACUCGAAGUAUACGGAAAUCAGUUGUAUGAUGGGAUGAUCAACCAUGUCACUCAACCAUCUCACCACAAUGAGUAUGUUCAUGGUGAUCAGAACACAGUUAACACACAAUAUUACAACCAAGGUGAAGGAAUUCCACCACUUAGUCAGCAGCAGCCUACGGCUUUUGCCACACCUCCGCAGUGGGAUGGUGAACUGCUAGACUGGAUCUUGGAAGGACCAGGUCAAGCGUACAUCCAUAGCCAGAUGCAAGUUCCCAUGUCCAUGGAUGGUGGCAGUGCCAUGGAGGCAUCAACCUCUGUCCAAAAUAGCGUUCUGCAGCAACCUUCUGUUGCUGAACCAUCGACAUGGCAUGGUGAUCGUCUCCCUGGAGCGGAGCCUAGCACCUACCCGUUUCAAGGACCAGUUUAGGGCGUGUACCAUCAUGUUUUUGUGCCAUUGUAACUUACUUCCUUCAUCCCACAGUAUAAGACAUUUUGGCAAUCUGUUUUAGCUUGUCGAAACGUUUUGCAUUAUGCUCCCUUCUUUUAUAAAUUUCUUUGAUUCUGUAAACUUUGUACAAUGAUGCUGUACGAGGUGCGUGAUGCAGCUUAAACGACACAGUUCGUUGGCCACAUUCACCUACCGAUGUAAAAUUAACAUGUGUAUUUUUAUGAAUGUCUACAAGUGUAAAGCACCA